AUGGUAUGGUACCAGCACAGGGCGCUAGUGGUGGAGGUUCCAACUGUCUUCUCGUUUCGCAAGGCUGCAGCGCGGGUGCUUGCUAUUCUGGGCGAGAACCGGCUGGUGCGGGAAGCGCUGUGUGCAAGGCCGGUGGGCCAGAGGGGCGUGCGCAUACUAGUGAUGGACGGGGGCGGCAUGCGCGGCAUGGCCAUGGUGCAGAUGCUGCGGCAGAUAGAGGGGCGCACAGGCAGGCGCGUGCACGAGCUGUUUGACCUCGUGUGUGGCACGUCCACUGGCGGCAUGCUGGCGGCCGAGCUGGGGAUCAAGCGCCUCACUCUCGACCAGUGCGACGAUGUGUACAGGCGACUCGGCAAGCUGGUGUUUUCCAACGUGGAGGCGAUGGAGUCGGCGUCAUGGAGAGACAAGCUGGACCAGCUGUACAAGAGCUCUUCCCAGAACUACCGCGUGGUGGUGCAUGGCAGCAAGCACAAUGCAGAGCAGUUUGAGCAGCUGCUACAGGAGAUGUGCACAGAUGACGAUGGCGAUCUGCUGAUAGACUCGGCAGUCAAGGGCGGGCCGAAGGUCUUUGUCGUCUCCACGCUCGUUAGUGUCACACCCGCCACACCCUUCGUCUUCCGCAACUACCAGUACCCUCCCGGAACCAGAGAAACCCCUCACCCCCCGGCCGACGGAUCUCCCAUGCCCACGCCGCCCCCCCGCAUGCGCACGUCUGGCCUAUCCGCGCUGCUAGGCACGUGCAAGAUGCAGCUCUGGCAGGCCAUCCGAGCCUCCUCCGCAGCUCCGUACUACUUCGACGAUUUCGCAGUGGGUCCCCACCGCUGGCAAGACGGGGCUAUUUUCGCAAAUAACCCCACGAUUGUGGCCGUUAGAGAGGCCCGGCUGCUCUGGCCGGACCUGCCGUUGGACUGCGUGGUCAGCCUCGGGUGCGGCUCGGCGCCGCCGAAGCUGCGCGGGCGGCCCGGGUGGAGGGUGGCGGAUACGGGGCAGGUGCUGGCCGAGGCUGCCACGUCAGUGGAGCAAGCGGAUUUUGCGUUUCAGUCGGUCAUGCCCAUGCUGCCUGAUGUGAAAUACUACCGCUUCAACCCAGUGGACGAGCGGUGUGGCAUGGAUCUGGAUGAGACUCACCCAGCAGAGUGGGAGAAACUGGAAACCGCCACAGAGGAGUACGUUACAGCAGUCAACCGCUCUAAACCCCUUAUCACACCCCCUUCAACCCCCUCAUACACCAGUGGACGAGCGUCAACCGCGACAUGGCAGAGCUCUGCAAGUACCUGCGCCUCUGCUCCCUCCCCUCCCCGUUCCCUCUUUUCCCAAGCAGUGGACGAGCGGUGUGGCAUGGACCUGGACGAGACAGAUCCAGCGGAGUGGGAGAAGCUCGAGACCGCGACUGAUGAAUAUCUGACCGCAGUCAACUGCGACAUGGCAGAGCUCUGCAAGUACCUGCGCCUCUGCUCCCUCCCUUUCUCCGGCACUCUGACUUCUUCCCUCCACCCUUUUCCCCUCCUUUUCCCCUUUCCGUUCCCCGUUUCUCUCUUUCCUUUUGUUCCUCGCCGUUUCCCGUCCCUCCAUACACCAGUGGACGAGCGGUGUGGCAUGGACCUGGACGAAACUGACCCAGCAGAAUGGGAGAAGCUCGAGACCGCGACUGAUGAGUAUUUGACCGCAGUCAACCGUGACAUGGCAGAGCUCUGCAAGUACCUGUGCGUCUGCUCCCUCCCCUUCCCCACCACUGACUUUUUCCCUCCACCCUUCUUCCGUUUUCCCCUCCUCCUCGAGCAGUGGACGAGCGUGGACGAGCGGUGUGGCAUGGACCUUGAUGAGACCGACCCAGCAGAAUGGGAGAAGCUCGAGACCGCCACAGACGAGUAUUUGAACGCAGUCAACCGUGACAUGGCAGAGCUCUGCAAGUACCUGCGCCUCUGCGUGGCCCAGGAGGAGGCCGACAAGGCCGCAUCAGCAGCACUGUCAGGCGGAGUAGGUGGGGCAGCAGCAGCAGCAGCAGCAGGCGCAGCAGGGGGGUAUAGGAGUCGUCCCGGCAGCCGUCCCAGCAGCACGCCUGGCACCCCUAGAGGUUACUCAAGCCCCGGAGGAGCAGCAGCAGCUGGGAAAUCUGGGGCUGCUUACCCCCCCAUUGUGCUCCCAGCGUCACCUAGGUCUCCCAAGUCGUCUGCCCCCGCGUCGCCCCUGGCCAAGGUGAUUGGAACCCCGGGGGAGCAGAGGAGGGGAGGCAGUGGCAGCUCGCUGCACGCGAUCAAUCCGUACCGUCGGCACGUGCUGCUCGUCGACUCCAUCCGGCCGUCCGUUGCCCGCCGGCCCUGGCAGCACUCUGCCCGGCUCUGCUGCUCUGCCAUCGGCGGCGGCGGGUAUGGUGAUGGCGGCUAUUAUAACAACAGAAACAGCACGUCCCCGUUCAGUUCCCGACCCUCCAGUGUGCCUGGCAGCCCCCGAACCGCAGGGUCAGCUUCGGCCAUGGCUGCUGCUGCAGCUGCAGCGGCUGGGGCGUCUGCUAGCGGCGGUGCCAGUCCCCAUUUUGGGCCUGCUACAGGAGUGAUAGCACCGGCAGCAGCAGGGGUGGCUUCAGCAGGUACUGCUGGUGUUGCUGGGAUGAGGCGGUCCGGUAGCAGCACAGCCAUAGCAGCAGGUCUGGGAUUAGGUUCGGGUGGUGCGGUUGGAGGUUCGGCUGGAACAGUGGGAAGUGGAGGAGGGCGAAGGGGAGUGGAUGGAAGGGGAGGCGGGGCUAGUGGCUCCCUGGUGUUCCGAGUUCCUUCCAACCUCGAUCUUAACAAGCCGACAGGAGAAACCGCACGCCCUGCUACUGCCAGCAGUGCUAUUGCUGCUGCCGCUGCUGCUUCUGCUGCUGCUGCUACCUGUGCUGGGGGUGCGUCUACUCUGAGGCCGGUGUGGACGGAGGGCGGGUCGAGGAGGGCAGUGGCGCUGUCUCUGUCCCCCCCGGCAGCAGCACUCAUGCAGCGCCUGCAGCAGGCUGCUGGCGUGGGACUCGUGCACCUGGCACUGCCCUGCGACCAGGCAGGGUUCAUCCUCACCUGGUCAUCUGAGGUCAUGUCAGUAGCAGAACCCAGCGACUCCGCCUCUCGCCUGCUCGCCCGGGCCAUUGGCAGCAUCGGCUGCUUUGUGGUGGAUGGGGUGCUUCAUCGCUUCAUGGGCUGCCACACUCAGAUCCUGCCGGGCGGCAUGGAGGUGAGCACGUACCUCUUCAGCUGCACUGCUCCCGCCGUCCACCUCACAGAAGCCGACAUUCGCUGGAUGGCAUCCUCGUGGAGGGAUCGUAUCAUAGUGUGCACGGGCCAACAGGGCCCCCCCACCGCACUCAUAGACGCCUUUCUGGACACUGGAGCCAAGGCGGUCAUUGCUCCUCCCCCUGCUGGCUCCUCUUCGUUAUCCGGUCAAUUUGCACUGAAUGCCGCCGCUGCGGCAGCGGCAAGUGGCAUGUCUCCUCGCGUCGACACAGCUUAUCAAGGAGCGAGUUCGGAUUUGGCGACGGCAGCAGCGGGUGGGGAUUUGGGUAGGAUGGGGAAGAGGGAGGCCUGGUUGGAUGACGUGGAGGCUUGGAUUGGUCGGGAGGAUCGGGUAUUUGGUUUGGCAGUGGAGAAGGAGCAGGCAAACGCUAAGAACGGUAUCGAGUAUGCUAUGGCGUGCCAAUGCCUGCCUGCCGUGCUUGCUGCGCUGGCGCGCGGCGAUUCUGGAAUGUGGGGAAACUGCAGCGGAAGCGUCGUCAACUUUGCCUCUACACCUCACACCGCUGUUCUCAACCGCACAGAAACGCAACGAUUCAGAAAGUGGGUCGUGGAGAACAAGAUCAAGGCCGUCGGUUCUCUAUGGGCAUCAGCGGAGUGCUCGCUCAAUCGUUGCUACGCCAUGGGUUCCUCCGAUAAUUCGUCGACGACGAAUGCGCCAACGACCCCUUCCCUCCCGGCGGACUUCUCGACAACGCCGCACGUUGUCGACUUGAGCGCGGUGCCGAUUUUCAACGGGGGGCGUUUCUCCUCGUGGCGUUUCAAGCUCAAGGUGUAUAUGAUGGAGCGCGACUUGUGGGGCUUCUUCGAUGGGUCGGCAUCGAAGCCCACGUCGGACGCUUCAACCGCGGAGAAGGAAGCGUGGGUGCGUAAGGACAAAAAGGCGUUUGCCUUUCUUGUCUCCAAGCUAAGCCUCCAACUCGUCCCGAUCGUGAGUCCGUGCAUCGACCGUGACGGCGCGACUCGUGAAGCGUGGAAGCGACUCGAAGGAGAGCACGUCUCCAAGUCGCUUCAUAGCAAGCUUCAAGCGCGCCUCGACUUCUUCACGGUGCGGAUGAGGGACGGCGAGUCAAUGCGCGCGUACGUCAACCGCGUGGAGGAGCUUGGCGAGCGUUUGGUGGAACUCGACGCGAGCGUGGAGGACAACGAUUGGAUCAUGACGCUCCUCGCGGGCCUCGGCGAAGCAUGGUCAACGGUGAUUACGAUGUUGGAUGGGACGCAAGACACGUGGAAGAAGGAGCAAGUGGUGGCACGCCUCAUCAACGAAGAGGCGAGGCGCACGAAAUUGCAUGGCGAUGCAAUUGGCGCGGCACACUUCUCCCGUGAUGCGAAGGCGAAAGGGACGGGUCACUUCAAGCGGCGCAACGACGGCAACAACCGCGGGAGCUCGAGCGGGAGCGCGGCGGCCUCAAGCUCAUCACGCGGAGGAUCGGCCAACGCCAAUCGAGCUCGGACGCGCGACGGAGCUUGUCGUUUUUGCAAGAAGACCGGACAUUGGUGGCGCGAAUGUCCCGUCAAGCCGGCAAAUUGGAAGCCGUCAAGCGACGACAACCGGCGCGCGCAUGUGGCGACAUGCGACAACAACGACCGGGAGUUCGUCUUCGUCGCAAGUGGAACGACCGUCGGUGGUGUUGACGCGUGGCUACUCGACACGGGUGCUACUCAACACAUGACGGCGUGUGCGACGCUUCUCAACAACGUGACAACGGAGGCUCCCGUUAAGCGCGUGAUGUUCGGCAACCGUGACACGUUGGACGUCACGGGACAAGGCGACUUGCGGCUCAUGGUGGACGGCGGUCCACUCACCAUCAAGAACGUCUUGGUGGUUCCCGGGCUCGGCGCCAACCUCCUCUCCGUUUCUCAACUCACACGCAAGGGGAUGCGUGUGAAUAUCGAAGGGACCAUGAUGGCGUUGAGCGCGGCGGAUGGCGUACACAUCGGCACGGCACGCCAAACGGGAGGACUCUUCAUGCUCGACGCUCUUCCUAGUGUGGCAACGGCUCAAGCGGCUACCUCAACAACCACUCUCAAAACGUGGCAUCAUCGGUUUGGCCACCUCCGCUACGACGCUAUUCAAGCUAUGGCAACGAAGGGGAUUGUCCACAGCUUGGAUUUUGUGCGCUCGGGUGGAGACGAUGAGAAAUGUGUCGAGGCGGUUACGUUGGCAACUUGGAUUCGCAACCGGUGCGUGACCAAGGCGUUGCCCAACAAGACUCCUCUUCAGGCUUGGAGCGGUACGAAGCCGGACGUCACCGACCUUCGCACGUUUGGGUGUACGUGCUACUACCAUGUCCCGGAUGCUACACGGACCAAGCUUGAGGCGAAGGCGCGGGUGGCGAUGUACUUGGGUCCAAGCGCGGAUCACAAGGGGUGGCGCGUGUGGGACUUGGAGCACGGGAAACUCGUGGUGUCGCGCGACGUGGUGUUCUACGAAGACACCUUCCCCUCCAAGUCUACGAACGUGCCCUCGGUCAUCAUCGUCCCUCCACCCUUGGAUGCCGCGGAUGAGGCGGAUGAAGCUCCUACGGCUCCUCCUCCUAGUGCGAGUGAGGGGGAGAAUGGAUCGGGUGCGGUUGGAGUGAGUGAGGAUGAAGGAAAUGCCAAGGAACGUGACCCUUCGUCUCCUCCUCCUCGUAUCACUCCCACCCUCGCAUCCACUCGCACUCGAAGGAACCCUCAUCCCAACUCCAAGCUCGUAGACUACUCUCUCGUGGCGGGGAACGAUGAGGGAGGGGGAGACGCUAUGUGUCUUGAGGCGUACACCGACACCCCGUCCACCUACCACGGCGCCAUGAGCUCGGCGGAAGCGGCGGAAUGGGAACGUGCGCUUCAAGAGGAUGUGGUGGAUCGCUUCGGCAUGAUCGAGAGCAAGCCUACACCGACACCCAUGGAAGCGGGGUUUCAUCCAUUGGUCGUGAGCGACAAGAACCCGAUGGAUCCCGAGAGCGCCAAGACCUUCCACUCGGUUGUUGGGUCUUGCAUGUAUGCCGCGGUGACCACGCGACCCGACCUCUCCUUUCCCGUUGGAGUGCUAAGGCGUGUCGUCUCCAAACCCAUGGUCGAGCAUGUGCGAGCGUCACGACGCCUCCUUCGCUACAUCAAGGGGACCACUCGUAUGGGGUUGCACUACGAGAAGGGACCCGUGGUGCUUCAAGGCUACACGGAUGCGGAUUGGGCGGGAGAUCCUUCAACCCGCCAAAGCACCUCGGGCUAUAUCUUCACCUUGUGGGAGGUGCAAUAA